UGUUACCGUUUGAGCCGUGUGUGUUGCGCUCACAUGACGACAAUGAAUACGGUAUGUCCAGUACGGAAGACAUAGGGCGUUUUAAAACAUUCAAAUAUUUCAUUUAACACCUUUUGAGCUUUCCACCAUCUAAGAAGCAACGGAAAUGAAGAAUGAAGGCAUGUUUGUGAGCUAACGCGGUGACCGUUGAGAGAAACGCAGCAUGACACAUCGCAUGAGGGAGACUGAGUGGUUAUAGAAUGGAGGUUCCUGCUGUAAACACAAGCUAUCCACCACCACCACCACCACAGCCAUGGCCUGGACAGAGCCACACGACCUGGGCCAUGUCUCCAGCCAGAUGUCCACCACAUCCAUGUCACUACCCAAACCUGAACUCAAUUAAUUUGAGUGCAGCAGUGAGCGUGACCCCGAUGACCCGGCCUCAGUCGCUGUUUUGGGACCCCUCUCAACAGAGCAAUCAGGAUGCCCAUAAACCUGUUCCUGAGCUCUCAGAUAUGAACACUCAAGGGAUGCCACAGAAAAGCUACUCAUUACCAACGAGUCCAGUGUCAAAUUCUAAGUCAGAGUCUCGAUAUGGCCUUGAUCCUCAGCUUCUUCCCAGUGUAGUACAGGUGAUCAAAGAGGACCAGGCCCAAUGGGAAGGGAAAGUUUUUGUUUCAGAGUGCAUAUCCUCUGUUCCCCCUCUCUCCUCAACACAAUGCACCCUGGAGGACAGAGGGAACACCACAUCUCGUUUUGUCCGUUUUACUUCCUACAGCUUCCCUGUGGAGGCUCAGUCAGCUCAGAAGAGCCACCUCCCACUGGGUGCAAUCGUGUGUCCACUGGCCAGGCCUGAGAGAGGGGAAUGUGCUGUGUCAAUGUGCGAAGCAGGGGAAUGUGUAAAAGGCUGUGGGCACUGUGAGGCCUUCAUGAGCCCUGCUAUGAGCUGGCAGGACUGCGGGCAAAGAUUCUACUGUCCUUUCUGUGAUAGUCUCACUGAAGUGCCAUGGCAGACUUAUCAACCCACUAAUCAGGGCCGCCGUGUUGAUUGGGACAAAAAACCUGAGCUCAGUCGAGGAUCUUAUGAGAUCCUGGAGAAACAGACGUCUUCUAAACAGAACAAUGCUGCUGUGUUGCUGUUGGCAAUAGAUGUUUCUGCCAGUGCAAUGAGAACGGGGCAGCUAGACCACAUUUGCCAACAGAUUUGUUCACAGUUACAUGCUUUAAAUGGGGGGGGAAAAUCAGAUCUUCGAGUGGGUUUGAUGACCUAUGACAGCCGAAUCCAUCUUUAUAACCUAAGCCCAGCUCUGUCCCGCCCCCACAUGAUGGUCAUCACUGAUUGUGAGGAGCUAGAGCUUCCUGUAAUGGAGGGCUUACUGGUGCCACUGAAAGACUGCAGACACAUAGCUGGGAGAGUUCUACAGGAAAUUGCAUUUUUUAACCCUGAACCGGAAAACAAAUCCAGCUCUCAAGAGCUCCCCGUUUCUGCUACGCUGAAAAUUCUUCAGGCUGUAGGCUCUCCUGGCAAGUUACUGAUCUUCCAUUCCUCACCUCCUACUGAAGGCAUGAAUCAGAGGAGUUCCUCUGGAUUCUUCAGUUCUAGCAAAGUGAAGUCCAUCUUUCAAGGGCCGGACUCUUCUACCUCAUUGGCUAAAGAGUGUGUCAAUCAAGGCUGCUGCGUGCACAUGUUUAUGCUCUCUCAUCAAGAAGUAGGCGGAGCUUGGCCAGGGCACAUUCCCAACCUCACAGGGGGUGGCCUAAUCUGUUACAACAGUCUACAGUCAGAGAUAGAACAGGAGCGUUUCCGAGCUGAUCUGAGAAAAAGUGUAAAUAUGCAGAUGGCCUUCCAAGCUCAGCUCAAAGUCUUUGUUAGCAAAGAGAUGCGCGUAAGUGGUUGCUAUGGCGCCUUCAUCACCAGUCCUGACUCCAGCCGGGUUGCCUUGGCAGCACUUGAUUGGCACACAGCUAUGGCAUUUGAAUUUUCUCACAACAAAUCUCUAGAUGUAACAAAGGGUGUAGCAAUACAGUUUGUGCUGUCAUACAGUACAUUUUCCGGAGAGAACAGGACACGAAUACACACUGUUUCACUGCCAUGCUCCCAUCAGCUGCUGGACACCUUCAGAAGCAGCCAGGCUGAGACGCUUCUCACAUUCUACUGCAAGAAAAUAUAUUCCUCAGUGUUGGAGAGUCCACUGCAGUCCCUGCGUGAGGAGUUACAGAUGGAGGUUACUGAGAUGUUAGCGUGCUUCAGGAAACACAGCUGCACUACCUCUGCGUCCCCAGGACAGCUGGUGUUGCCUCAGUUUCUGAAAGCCUUACCUGUCUACAUUAACAGUCUGCGCAAGAGUGAGGUGCUGCUGCCUGGGCUGCGUAGCUCUGUACAUCAACGUCUACAACUGCGUAGCCUUAUUGUCUCCAUGGACACACUGAGCACUGCUUCUCAGUUCUACCCACUUAUUCUGCCUCUGCCUGUCUCUGCUGAAAAUGCCAACAUGUCACCAGUAGGAGAAGCUGUGCGCUGUACUGUCUCUAGUCUGGAUCCAGGGGGUCUGUAUCUGAUCUACUGCCCACUGGCACUGCUCCUAUGGGUGGGCAGCUGUGUGCCUCCUCACACCCUUCUCCAGCUUUUUAACACCAACUCCUUUUCCAGUCUCACAUCUGGCGAGCUUCCUGUGCUUGAGAACUCCCUCUCCAUCAGCACCAGAGCUCUCAUAUGCUCUCUGCAGUCCACAGCAGCUGCUACUCUCCAGCUAAAGUUGGUGCGGGAGGGUGACAGCUGUGAGGAGUCUGUGCAACGCCUCCUUGUGGAGGACAAGAGCCCCAACGGUGGAGCCUCAUACGCUGACUUCCUUUAUCACCUUCAUGUUAAUGCAUUGCGUCUAAUUGUUUAACUGUCUCUUUUCGUACACCAGGCUAUCUAAUUUGGCUCUUGAAUAUUUGUAAAGCACUUUUCCAAUGGGUGCUUUCCAUCAACGUUUAUCUUUUGUCUCACUGUGUCAGUUGGUGUUAUACUUGGGGAUAGUCCACCAAAAAUUUGAUUUCUUAAUUUUCUCAACCACAUGAAAUUUCAACCCUGAAUGUGACAGCCUCAGCCAUUAUUUAAUUUCAUUGUAUUUUUUUCUCCAUAGAAUUAAACUAAAGUUACUUGAUUUUGAACAUAUUUUUGCUUUAUUUUUUUUUUUUUGCUGAAUACUAAAAUGUGUCGUUUUAAUUUUCAAGGGCUCAACAUGACUGAAUACUGUUUGUACUCCCUUCAAAUACUCGUUAAUAAUUCUGUAUUUGCUGUGUGUGUGUGUGUGUGUGUGUGUGUGUGUGUGUGUGUGUGUGUGUGUGUGUGUGUGUGUGUGUGUAUGUGGUUCUGGUUAAUUUAAUAUUUGCUCUUGACUCAUGAAUUUUGCACUCUGAAUUGACUUAAUUAACUGAGUAUUAGAGUUGAGUAAGAGUGUGCAUGUUAAUAUUUUAAGCAAUAAUAUAUUUAUUGAAUUUUUUUGUCAUAUUACAUCUCAAUAUUUAAUGUCUCGAUAAGAGUGCUGAUAUUUUGAUUGGGCCAUAAGCAUGUGAAUAUGUUUUAAAAUAAAUGAUUUAUCUAACAUUUAUUUUGUAUGAAGAAGAUACUUUCCCCUAUGAAUCAUGGAAAUACUAUAAAUAAAUAUAAAUGUGUG